AUGGCGGACGACGGUACUGUUUUCGUCCUGCCUCCUUCUUCGCAUUUACUCUGCCCGAUAUGUCAGAAAUUAUUUACAGAUCCCGUCAUCAGCGUGAAUUGUGGCCACACUUUCUGCAGAGCAUGUAUCCUUAACCGGGAAAGCGAAGAGUCGACGAGAAGUUGUCCACUGGACGAGAGAAAUUACGAAGACAAAGACUUGGUUGUGAACAGGGCAAUUGUGGGACAGAUAGAAGAUCUGCAAGUAUACUGCUGCCAUGGUCUUAUGCGAUCAGAAUCGCAGGACCUGUUUGUACGAGAUGAGAGUGGUUGUCCAGAAAGUAUAACUUUUGGAUCACGCCAAAAUCAUGAAGAAGACUGCCAAUAUGCAUUAGUGCCAUGCGUAAAUAAUCCUGAACAGUGCGGAAACUUUCGACGCAGGGAUUUAGAAGAACAUUUCAAAAUCUGUACUUUUACUCCGUGUCCCCAUCGAGAUAGAGGAUGUGAAUUUGUUGGAAAUUUAGAAUCCAUUGAUCAACAUUCUACCUCCUGUUACUAUAGACCGCCAGUGGAUCAUACAGAGGAGAUUAUAGCUUUACAGAAUCAGAAUGAGGAACUAAAUACAUCAGUGAAAACGUUAACGGAGAGAAUAGCGUGGUUGGAGAAAUAUAAAGACAGCCUAUCAGCAAGACUUGAUAAGUAUGCAAGUGCACUAAAUAAUCUCCAACAGAAGUAUGACCAAAUGCAACAAGUUGUUGAACACCAACAGAACAUAAUAGCUGCCUGUAUACCAAAUGGGCGAGGUAGGCUGACUAGUUCAAUAUCAACGUUUCUUCAAGGUAAUUGCAAUGGCAAAUCUAAAUCUAUAACAACAGCUGGCAGCCAAGAAGGCAUUGCAAAGACAGAAAAAUGGAUGAUGCCGUUUGAAUUCAAGUGCAUCGGAACUCUCAGGGGUCACCAAGAUAUUGUAUUAUGCAUGGUAACAAAAAAUCACAAACUCUACAGUGCUGGCGCUGACGGUGUUAUCAGAGCAUGGGACAUAGAUGCAUUGGCAAGAGGAACGGUUCAAACAUUCAAAGGUCACACAGGAUCUAUCAAUGCUCUGCUGGACGGGGCAGAUUUCCUGUAUAGUGCUGGAUCAGACCACACAAUUAGAAGUUGGCAUUAUGAAAAGUUAACUGCAGAACAUAAAUGCAGAAAGGAUGCGCACAAUGACUCUGUUAGUGCUCUGGGAAAAUCUGGGUGCAAUUUAUUCUCUUCAUCUCAUUCAUGUAUUAAGGUAUGGAAUGGUAAUACAUUAGAACCAGUGCACACUAUCCCUGGUCUUCACCACUGGGUGAGGGCGUUGGCCAUAGACCAUAGUAAAGGUAGACUAUACAGUGGAUGCCAUAAUACUAUCUAUGUAUGGGACACUGGCAACAAAUUUGCACUCAAGAGGAAGUUGGAUCAUACACAUGGUUCUGUACAUUCUUUAUGUAUUACACCGAAGUAUCUUAUCGUAGGUACCUAUAACCAGAAUAUUCAACUCUAUGAUGUUGAGAAAUUAAAACAUGUACGAACAUUGAGUGGUCACGUGGGUACGAUAACAUCGUUAUUGACGUCGCCAUCCGGCGGAUAUCUAUUCUCGUCAUCAUACGAUAACACUGUGCAGGUGUGGAAUUUGGAGAAUUUCCUGCCAAUACAAAGUCUGUGUCGACAUGAAGGCAGUGUUAACGCUGUGGUACUUCACAAUGAUCUCUUAUUUACUGGGGCAGAUGACAAGGAAAUAAAGGUAGAUGUUGAUUUAUCAGUAAGAAAUGUGGACUUCGAUCAGUGUAGUAGGCCUUAA